UAAUAACACAUCAAUGGAGCCAUGGGCGCAUAACAGCUGCGUCUCUCAGCGGCGAACCGAGCAGUGGACUGUCGGGUUUACAGGACAGGCUUGGACCGUUUCUAGGACCGAGGUCUCUGGGUCCACGCCAUGUCGUCCGCUCCGUCCUCAAAUCACAGCAAGUCGUCCUCGGUCGUAGAAGAAGCAGGAAGCGGAUCGACGGAGAGGCGCACACCCAAAACACUGGACGAGUCUGCAUGUGCAUGGAGGUUGGUCAUUCAACUCCAGUCACCACACCUGUGCACUAAAGAGAAGAGAUAAUCAGGUCUGAUAGAGCCACCUCAUAUAAUAAGAACUCUCGUUCAGAAGAGUAAACCAGAGACACAACCUCAGCCAACGUGUUACAGAAAUCAACCAUUUUUUUCCUGGCAAUUCUGAAAGAAAACCUCAAUGUGUAAGGGACUUUCCUACCUCCCAUCCACAUGCCUGGAAAAGGCUAAAGGGAUGCGAGUGAAGUUAAGCCAUUUGGCCGAUAAAAAUAAGAGUGUGGAUGGGAAGACUCCACAAGAUCUGGAUUCCCUGCUCAGCAACAAAAACACUCUUCAUGCAUUUCGUUGCUUCCUGAGAUCAGAGUUCAGCGAGGAGAAUCUGGACUUCUGGUUGGCUUGUGAGGAAUACAGGGUUUCCCCCACAAACGUGAAAAAGUCCAAGGCCUGUGGCAUCUACAACCAGUUUAUCAAUCCCGAUGCUCCCCAGGAGGUGAACCUGGAUGCCGAAACCAGGGAGGCGCUGUUCAGUGUGAUGGAGUUUCCCAGCUCUGAUACAUUCAACACAGCCCAACAAAAGAUCUUCAAUCUGAUGGCCAAAGACUCCUUUCCUCGAUUCCUGCGUUCUACCUACAGCUUGGAAACCAUUCGGGCAUAUUAACUACAGAAAUGGUCAUAUUAGAUAUUAUCAUUUAAUCUUAUCAUUGCUGUUCUGAAUCUUUGUAUGUGGAAUAUUAUUUACUGCAGUAUACAGAACUGGAGAUGUAUUAACUUAUUAUGGUUCACCUAGAAUAUAUAUG